AUGUAUUCUACACGAUCUGAAAAAAAACUUCAAGCAGCAGCAAGCUCAACAGCAGUCACAGCAUCAUCUAAUUCGGCAAACGCAUCACUGCCUAUAACAGUCGGUCAAACCAUAAGCAAAGAUAUAAUAGCGCCCGUUGACCCCGCAGGUCUAUUUCAAUAUGGAUUCCCUGGUCCAGUCGCAGAUCUGGCCACUAGAAAUGCGUUAAUAUCUUCAUUCGACCGAAGACUUCGAAAUCCUUCUUGGGUUGCGGAACAUAUAACGCCUGCAUCCCUCGCCGUCUCCAAUGGCGAUCGCAAACACUCCUACUUUGUCGAAGACCCCGCUGUCCCUGAAAAAUUCCGUGGUAAAUUAAAAGAUUACCUCCACUCUGGCUACGAUCGCGGUCACCAAGUUCCUGCGGCAGACGCAAAAUGGAGUCAAGAUGCCAUGAACGAUACUUUUUUCCUCACAAACAUGUGCCCGCAAGUAGGAGAAGGAUUUAACCGCGAUUAUUGGGCGCAUUUUGAGGAUUUCUGCCGUAGACUUACGACUCGAUAUCCGAGUGUUAGAAUUGUUACUGGACCUUUAUAUUUACCGAAACGAGAUCCGGCGGAUGGGAAAUGGAGGGUGACUUAUGAGGUUAUUGGGAAUCCACCCAACAUCGCUGUGCCGACACAUUUCUACAAGGUUAUAUUUGCGGAAGAUGGUACUACGGCGGGUCCAGUAGCAGUUGGUGCAUUCGUAUUGCCUAAUGCGAGGAUACCGAAUGAGAAGCCGUUGACGGAUUUUGAGGUACCGGUUGAGAUGGUGGAGAGAGCUAGUGGGUUGGAGUUCAUGACGAAGUUGCCGCCUCAAAGGAGGAAGAGAUUGUGCGAUGAUAUGAUGUGUGCGUUAGUCAUUAAGGACUACUCGGAUAGGCAGAAGGCGUUUGCAAAGGGUGGUGAGAGCAAACAAAUUCAAGCACCAACGAGGACGAGCCCGAGACAUUCUUCUUGA